AAUAAUUUAAAAGAUGGUACAUCAGCUACUCUACAUUCCUAACAUAAUAGGAUAUGUGAGAGCCUUAUUCAUGGUUCUGUCCUGGAAUGAAGCAUUCAGAGAUCCGAAUAAGUUCAUUUUAUAUUAUGCAAUCAGUUACACACUUGAUAUGGCAGAUGGAUUAGCAGCAAGAACAUUUAACCAAUGAACAAAGUUUGGAGCAGUGCUAGAUAUGGUUCUUGACCGCGUAACAACAGCUUCGUUGUUUGCCAUUCUUUCCAAUCUUUACCAAGAGCAUGCAGUGUAUUUCCUAGGCUUUUUAGGACUUGAUUUAGCAAGUCAUUGGCUUCAGGUGGUCACUACUUAUGCUAAAGGGAACGAAAGCCACAAGGGUGACGACGAAAGUGAAUCAGCAAUCGUAAAGAUCUACUAUAAGUCCAGAAUAGUUCUCUCUUCAAUCUGUGCUUGCGCGGAAUACUUCGGAUGUGCUUUCUACGUCAUGGCUCAUUCCAGUACCUCUUGGAUGCUUGAACCCCUAAUAAUGCAGUACUUAUUCUACAUUUCCAUAGCAGGGUUUGCUUACAAGCAGUUUAUUAACAUAAUGCAGAUCAAGACAUCGACCCUUCGAUUAGUUCACCUUGACUUAGAAGAUAAGAAGGAUAAAUAA